AAAAUGUAAGUUCGUAGUAACACAUGGUUCACGACGACGACUGUUUAAAAUUGAUCAUAAAAGCUCAUUUUUUAACAAUCAGAAAUAUUUAAUAUGGUGAAGUUUUGCUAAUUUUUUGUGCAAAUUUUGUGCACCUGGAAAAUCCUUUACCUAUUUAAAUGUGCUUUACCAAUUUGGCUCCUAAGCUACUUCAAAUCUCGUCCCGAACACCUUGUCACUUUCACCUUUAACUUUCUCCGACCGGAAGUUACUUCAAAAUGGGGGCAACCUUUACAUCCAACUUUUUCAACGGAGCACAAAUCCACACGAGGUGAAACAGAAAAUAUUUAAGUUGAAAAUACUACAUCCGCAAUUUCAGAGGAGAGUUAGAAGAAAGUGGAUAAAAAAUAAUAAUCCGUCCAACCUAAAAAAAAGUCAGUGCAUGUAUGUACGCCCUGAGUGAAUAAAGGAAGCUAAUAAAAUCCUGGGAAAGAUGCAGUAAAGUGAACAAAGAAAAGUAAAUAAGGAUUUGGGAACUACACACACACACCGACCGAGAGAGCAAGUUAUUGUUGUUGGUUAGGAUGGAUCGCCGUAUAAUAAUGGGGAUUUGUACAAGUCUGCAAAAAAGAAGAUUCAGAACACUUUUUAGUGGCGGUGGCAGCAGUGCAAAUACGGAGAAGAAUGCCGGUGUGUCCCCCAUCUUCUCAAGAGUUUGUGGGAGAUGUGAAGAAAAUAAUUGGAAUUCAAAUGCAAGGUGGAAGUCGUCGCAGGGCACGAAAACUAAAUCCUCAUCGUCAUCCUCCUCCUUUGUGGGAGCAUCUGCUAAACUUAAGAAGAGAAAGGAGAGUCUGGAUAGUUUAGGGACGUGGGAUACAGCUACGGAUUUACCGCUUGAGGUUGAUGCAACAAUUGCAUCUGGCAAACCUGUCCCUUCCAUCAGGGCGAAUAACGUCGGCGUCUCCUCCGGUAAGGGGAGACGAACCUACAUGGAAGACCAGUACGGAGUUGGGAACUUGAACGGUGAUCCUUCUGCUUUGUACCUUGCUGUUUUUGACGGACAUGGAUCCGACGUUUGUGCCAACUUUUGCGCCACAAUUUUCCCCAAACAUCUAGCCUACUGGUUUCAAAAUCCUGACGUGGAUGUGCCCACCGCCCUUCACAAAUCCUUUCUCGAAGUUAACAAUGCCUUCGCGAGUUGGUACAUUUUUGGCAGACGGGGUCCGGAUAUUAAGAGUUCUGGAUCAACGGCAACAAUCUGCAUUUUGAAGGAUAACAUACACCUUUUUAUUGGCCAUGUAGGAGACUCCCGAGCGAUCCUGUGCAGAUCUGGGGAAGCCAGAAAACUCACCACGGACCAUGAUCCCUCUCUUAUCACGGAGAAAACAAGAAUUGAACGAUCUGGAGGUCGAAUAAGUGACACUGGUCGGGUAAACGAAAGACUAGCAAUGAGCCGUAGUAUAGGAGAUCAUGAAUUGAAGCGUUUUGGCGUGAUAGCCGCACCGGAUGUAAUUUCUAUGAAAAUAGACCAUUCGAGGGAUUCAUUUCUCGUCUUAACCACCGACGGGAUCAACAACGUCAUGACUGACACCGAGAUAAUCAACACGGUGCUGCAAACAAAGGACCCGCAGUAUGCAGCCACGCUUCUUACCGAGACAGCAUUUGAGUAUUCCUCCGAGGACAAUAUUACCGCAUUGGUCAUCCCACUGGGCAGCUGGGGAAAGUAUAGCGCCGCAGCCACGAUAUUUCACUCUUUCGGGAAAAGCUUUACUUCUUCUAGUCGUUUUAGUUAGUAUUUACAUUGUACGAAAGACCACUUUUCACUAGAGAGACUGGACUGAUUCGCUAGAGAUCAUUACCAAAAUGUACCUAAAUCAAAGCUGUAUAAAACCAAAGGAAUAAAUAUUUAAUUACUAAAAUACUAAA